AUGGGAUCAUCGCAAAGCCAUCCAUCUUGGCAACAGUCUCGGUAUAUCACUCGCAUGGAAGCCUCUCCACAAACCAGUGCUCUUCAGCCUACUAGUAGUGCAGCAACUCCAGAUGCAGCCCUGACGAAGGGUGAUGAGCCUCCUCCACAAUUAUAUCGUGUCGAGUCGUUUUCGGACAAGUUCAUUCGAAAAUUUUCAUCGCAACCAUUGGUGCCCAUUGGUUGUGUUGCCACGGCCUAUUUCCUAGCCAGUGGGAUCAAAUCCUUUCGAGAUAGAGAUCCCAUUCGAUCUCAAAAAAUGAUGAGAGCUCGAGUGGGAGCGCAAUUUGUGACUAUUAUGAUAUUCAUUGGGUACCUGGGAUACGAACAGUUGGAUUUCAGAUUGGCACCGGCGUAUCAAGACAAGAAAAAAAGAGAACAACAACAGCAACAGCAACAAUCCGAUUGA